UCGGACCGAUAUGCUCAAGAGCUGUUGCUGUCUCACAAUAUUGAACGCAUUAAGCGCGAAGAGGCGGCUGCAAUUGUGGCUGACCAGAACUUGCAGAGCUAUUACAGUAAUCGCCUUGCGAAUGGCGCCGUCAGCUUUCCCGGCUUUCCAGGCAUCUCUGGGCUGAAUCCCACUGUAGCCGCUCUUGUAGCUGCCCAGCACCAAGCUCAGAAUGAACUGGAAGAGAUGACCAGUAAGACGUCUGGCGAUGGGGAAGAAGACAAGCAAAAGGCUGAACCAAAAAAGCCGACAAUAGAGCAGAAGAUUUACAGUACCAAUGAUUUGCUGGAAAUAAAGGCGCAUAAGCAGUUUGACAAAUUAGAACCAUUGAAUGAUUUGCCACUGUACAAUCAGGCGACUGAUCUGGCCAUAGUUCGGGCAAACUACGAACGCUUCAAAUCCUUUCGAAAAGUUCUCGUUGAGCGUAUUCGCCGACAGAAUGCAGAGCGAGUUUUGCAUGUCAAGUGCCUUUGUGAGUCAUACGAUAAGAACUGCCGAGAGUGGCUGAAGAAGAUGAAAAAGAAGGAGUGCACGACGAUUAAAAAGGCAAAUGACCAGAAGCUGCGAGACUACUUUGAGCGGCAGUUUCAGGAGCUUCGAAAACAACGCGAGAACAAGGAACGAUUGCAGCGAAAUGGGCAGCAAAUUCGUUCUGAUGCCGAGCUGGAUAAGAUCAUCGACGGACUGCAGGUGCAGGCGAUAGAGGACCAGAAGAUGCGCAGCUACGCCGUCAUUCCGUUCAUCAUGUACGACAGCACGAUGAAACCUCAGGCAAAGUACGACAAUCGAAAUGGCUUCAUUGAGGAUCCCUUUCUGCUGUACAAGGAGGUGGAGAACAUUAACAUCUGGACGGAGGGGGAGAAGGAGAUUUUUCGCGAGAAGUACCUCCAGCAUCCCAAAAACUUUGGCCUCAUUGCGAGUUUUCUUGAGCGAAAAUCGGUGGCCGAUUGCGUGCAGUACUACUACUACAGCAAGAAGAAGGAAAAGUACAAGGAGCUACUGAAGAAGCACGCCAAGAAGAGGACUAGAGCGUUGGCAAAGCAACAGCAGGCGGCGAACGCUCACUCGGCCCAUCGAGGCUCGCCGAUGAUGAAGGAUGCCCCGGAGAAGGGAGGCGCUCUGAAGUCGUACGUCGGCAAGACGGCCAGUGCAACAUCGGUCAUUCUGCCGUACGCGNUACAGCAAGAAGAAGGAAAAGUACAAGGAGCUACUGAAGAAGCACGCCAAGAAGAGGACUAG